CAUUGUUUCAUUUCCAUUCUGAGCAAAAGAGAAUAGAAGCCUUUAUGAGCCCUUCAUGAUGUGUAUGCCAUUAUAGAUUGUUUUUUUUGUUUAUGACGACUUUACGUACCGUUUCUUUCAUUACUUUCAUCCUUUUCAUUUUUUACCUCUCCUAUGACUACUGUUUUUGUUCGUUAAAACCGUUCCGCUUUUGCAUCCUUUCUCCACACAACUUCGUUUCCAUGUCCGGUUUUUCUUCUUCCCCUCUCCUACUACUCCUCCUUUCUCCUCUUCUCCAUUGUUUAUGCUUUCAUCGACCCGACCGUUUUGUCUUCAUUAUUAACCCAAACAUGGUGACAUGAAAGCAGGUACUUUGUAUAAAGCAACAAAGAACUAUUAAGGCGUAUUUUUAUCCUCCUCUUGAAUUUC